AUGCCUUCAUUUCCACAACAUCGGAAUCAAAAAUCAAUUCCAUCUAGUCAAAGUCGUCCAACAGUACCAGCUCGCUCAUCUUCGUCAUCAAAUGAACCUAAUUCUAUUGUUAAUGAUAAUCGUAAAAAACAAAAUCAACCACCACUUCGUGUUGGUUGUACUGAUAUGACAGCUCAGGGACAGAGAGGUCAAUUUGCUAAAUUAUUUCGUGCAGCAGCAUGUGCAAGUGUUGUUCUUGGUCCAUAUGUUUAUACAAUGGCUCAACCCGAGAAAACAUUAAAAUAUCGAUUUCAAAGAACAACAAAUGAAAAUGGAGAAUUUAUUAAAGUUGAUUCAUCAUAUAAUCGACUUGCAACUGAAGUUGCUUAUCGAAUGCGAAUACCUGAACAAAUGCGUCGUUCACCUAAUUUUGAUAUUCGUUCCAGUGUACAUAGAGGAAUUGAUUUUGAUCUUAAUGGUCAUUUUACACCAUUAUUUAAUAGUAUUGUUUAUUUAAUGAUUCCCGAAUGGGCUAAUAUAACAUCAAUUGAUGAUUUAAAAAAAGUUAAAAUAAAUAUUAGUGGUCAAGUCAUUGAUUUUUCCAAUGUUGAUCUAUCAGGAAUAGAUCAGACGAAGUUAAAUUUGAAUUUAAAUAAAAAUGAAAAAUUAAAAAAUGAAAUAAAAGAAACAGUUAAAACAUCAAAUGAAUCAAAAUCAUGGUUUAAUCGAUGGUUUAGUAAUACUCCAGCACCCAGCCCAGCACCACCAUCAUCUUUGCCUUCACCAACAUCAAAUAUACCAAUGACACGCGACAUGUUAUUACUACAAAAAUUAAUUGAAACAUUUUUUCUUUCUGAUGAUGCGAAAAAAUAUAUGAUUGCUGAUCAAUUUGAAAUUGCAUCUAGUGCAUGGCAUAUGAUUCCAUGGAUGGUUGUUGCUAGUUCAUUUUUUCUACCAUUUACACUCUAUACACGUCUUCGUUUACAAUUUCAAACACGUUUUAAACGUUUUCUUUUCUUUCAUUUUCUUCUUUUAAAUGGUCUUCUAUGUUUUUAUUUGUCACCAUUUGUUGGUCGUCUUCUUAAUAUGCAAAUUAGUCGUACACGAGAUUCAUCAACCACUGCCUAUGGCUUAGAUAUGCUUGAAGGUGGAAUUGAAUUUCUGGAAAAACAACUUGAAAGAAAUCGUAUUUUACGUGAAUUAUUACCUAAUGGAAAAGAUCUUUUUGAUCAAGAUGGUGAACGAACUAAAACACGUGUUAGAAUACCAAAUAGUGGUGGUUUAUCAUUUCCAAUAUACCAUUGGAAUCCACUAUUGGGCUAUCGACUUAAACGAUUACAAACUAAAAUGGACCAAUUAAUGACUCUAUCUGAUGUUGAAGCACGAAAAACAAUAUUUAAACCAAUGCCAGGCACAAACUUUGUGGAUAGUCCUACGACUAUAAGAUAA